AUGAGCGGCCAGAAUAUCCGUCAAGCUGACGGUUUACUCAUGAACGUCCAUGAUCCUUCGAAAGGACCAGUACUUCCAAAAGAUGGCGAGAGAAACGUUCUUAUUACUUCGGCGUUGCCUUAUGUUAACAACGUACCGCAUCUGGGAAAUAUCAUCGGAUCGACACUCUCCGCGGAUGUCUUCGCCCGUUAUUCUCGAACGUUGAAUGUUCCAACUCUUUAUAUUUGUGGUACGGAUGAGUAUGGUACUGCUACUGAAACCAAGGCAUUGGAAGAAGGGGUUUCACCUUUGGAGCUCUGUACGAAAUUCCAUUUGCUUCAUACGGAAAUCUACAAAUGGUUUGAAUUGAGUUUCGAUAAAUGGGGAAGAACAUCUACACCCGAACACACAAAAAUCACUCAGCAAGUAUACUUGGACCUUCACAACAACGGAUUCUUCAAGCUCGAAACUGCCGACCAGACAUAUUGUGAAGACGAUAACCUUUUCUUAGCUGAUCGAUUUGUGGAAGGUACUUGUCCUCAAUGUGGAUAUGACGAUGCAAGAGGAGACCAAUGCGAUAAAUGUGGACUUACCUACUCUUCACCUACCGAAUUAAAGAACCCAAGAUGUAAACGAAAUAAGACCCACAAAGUAUCAGUCCGACCUUCCACGCAUGCCUGUAUGCGAUUAGACUUGCUACAACCUAAACUGGAAGAUUGGAUGCAGAAAGCUAGAGUCAAGGGUAAAUGGGGUAGUAAUGCGGUCAUCACCGAUAAAGGUGAAAUCGUCGAACCUAGAAUGUUGGGAGAGGGUCUCAGACCUAGUGCUGUCACGAGGGAUUUGAAAUGGGGUGUGGAAGUGCCUAAGACUGGUGAUGCAGAAGAAGACAAGGCUAUGGAAGGAAAAGUUAUCUACGUCUGGUUCGACGCUCCUAUUGGUUACCCCUCCAUCACAGCUACUUACACUGAUCAAUGGGAGAAAUGGUGGAAGAACCCCGAUAACGUGGAAUUGUACCAAUUCAUGGGUAAAGAUAACGUCUACUUUCACACCGUCCUUUUCCCUGCUAUGUUGAUCGGUACUGGCCAACCAUGGACCAUGUUGCACGAUAUCUCCAGUACUCAGUACCUGAACUACGAAGAUACCAAGUUCAGUAAGAGCAGGAACAUUGGUGUAUUCGGUAACAACGCCCGAGAGACUGGUCAACCCCCUUCAGUAUGGCGAUACUACCUUCUCUCACAGAGACCCGAGAACAGUGAUUCCUCCUUCCUUUGGUCUAGUUUCAUUGCUGCCAAUAACAACGAGUUAUUGGCUAACUUGGGUAACUUUGUCAACCGAGUUGUAAAAUUCGUCAAUGCGAAAUACGAUUCCGUUGUGCCUGGUCCUGAGGGUCUCGCCGGUGGUGAUUUCGUACCCGAAUCCAACCCAUCCACUCCAGCUGCUCAGCUAGACGCCGAUUUCGUCAACGACGUCAACACCAAAUUGACUGAAUUCCGAGCAAGCAUGGACGAAACCAAAUUACGAAACGGUCUUAGCGUUGCCAUGUCAUUAUCUGCUCGAGGUAACCAGUACCUUCAAGACAACUCGUUGGACAAUGCGUUAUUGGCGAACCAACCUGAGAGAUGUGCUCAAGUAUUACUUAACGCUAUCAAUCUGAUAUACCUCUUAUCCGUCACCUUCCACCCAUUCAUGCCUAGCACGACUGAGGGUAUCCUACGACAGCUCAAUGCACCUGCCCGUUCAUUGCCUACCAAAUUCUCUAUCGAUAUCUUACCCGGACAUAAGCUGGGCAAAGCCGAAUAUCUUUUCAAGAAGAUUGAAAACGUGAAUGGAGCUCAAGAGAAGGCAUGGCAGAAACAGUUCGGAGGAGACUCAGUCGUAGCUGAUAAGGUCAACCCGGCAGGACCAGGGGGACAUCCCGAAGGAGGAAAAGUUCCUAAUGUGAAGGAUGUCAAUGUAGAUAAGAAAGCUGCUCACUUAGCCAAACAGGCUGAAAUUGCCAAAAUCAAGAGAGCCGCAGCUAAAGAAGCUGAGAAGAACAAGACACCCGAAGAGAAGGAAUUGGAAAGUAAGAUUGAAUCUCAAGGAAAACUCGUUGCUAUGAUCAAGAAGGGUGUACAAACCGGUAAUGCGGACGAGGAAUUGACUAAAGCAAAGGAGCUGAAAGCUGAAUUGGCAGAGUUGAGAAAGAAGUUGAAAGAGGCUAGUAUCUCGAAAUAA